CAUUCUCAAACUUUGUAUCCACUCUAACAAUCAUAGAGAGAUCCAAAAUAAAUUGUUUAAGAUGGAGAUUACUAAUUACAAUAAGGAUCAAGUGUUCAUCAGUUUCCGUGGGAAAGACGAACGGAACGGAUUACUAACUCAUCUCAAACAGAAGCUAGUCGAUCGCAAUGUGAAAGUGUUCACCGACGACAAUGUGACUGGACAACGGCUCCAGAAUCUCUUCGGACACAUCCGAAAGUCAAGGAUCGCGAUUGUGAUCUUCUCCAAGAGCUAUGCAGAGUCAGUUUGGUGUCUGGACGAGCUGGUGAUGAUCAAGAAAUGCAUAGAGACUGAGAAGCUCAACGCGGUCAUACCAAUCUUCCAUAAGGUGAAGGUUUCAAGCGUCAAGAAACAGAGCGGGAAAUUUGGAGAAAAGUUUCUAGCUUUGCAAAACUCUUUGCUUGCUGAAGAAGUUAAUAAGAAGAAGAUUAAGCUUAUUAAUUCCAGAAUCAAGAGAUGGAAGAAAGCUUUGAAGAUCGUCACUGGAAUUGCUGGUUUGACUUAUGACAGGAAAAGUCCUGAGUUAGCUUUCGUGGAGAAAGUCGUUGAAAAGGUGAAUAUGAAUCUAGCAAAUAUUGCAACAGAGGAAGGGCGUAAUAGUAGUCUAGAAACUAGUGAGGCAUCACUAGGGAGACAAUCAAACCAGACUAUUUAUAAUGUCAAUCAAUUAAACAUAAACAUCCAGCUCCAUCGUUCAAAGAGCUCGGAAGCUUUGAGACGGAGCUAUAAUCCUGAAGGCCAUAAAAAGAGUAUUGAUUUGAAGCCUUCGUCUCCUACUCUUAGACGCACUGCCUCAGAUCUUGACCAUAGAGAUCAAUAUGGCCCAUUUCCUUUUGAAGCGCUCAUGGUUCCAAGGCAGAACGAGAAUCAACUGAGCAUUGCCAAUAUUUUCCCCAAAAAAAUGAAGACGUGGGACAACUUGCAUUUCGUCUCUGCGUUACUGUUCGGAGCUUUGUUUGUCUCUUAUAUGUUGCGGAGCAAAAGAUGAUUCGAAAGAAUCGCGGAAAUGAGACUUCCGCCGCAAGCAACCGAGCGUCUGUUUUAUUUUUACUUGUUUCUUAAGCAAAGCCUUUGUUCUCCCGUCUUGAGAGAUAGUUUUUACUCUUUCUAGUUCAUAUCAAUAAAAUCGAAACUGUCCACAGGGGAAAUUUUUUGGGGGGGUUUACAGAGCAAUAGCAGGCAAAGAAAGAAGAAUAAGGAAAAUUUGACUUUGAAGACUUAACAGAAGAAGAAGCUGCAAAUAGAGAAUGCUAGAGUAGAGGUUGAUCAAAGAGAUGAAACUAAGUAGUGAGAUAUGAUGGAGGAUCCAGUCUUUGCUCUAAUGAGUCUAAAGAUUGUUAUUGGAUCACCUAGUAUGCAUGAGUAACACCGAACGGCAAAGUGCGGUAGCAGUGUGAUAACCUUAAUCAUGGUCAUAAUGUACAACGUAACACAUAUGUAUAUAUAUAUAUAUAUAUAUAUAUAUAACAUGACCCUAGAAUCUCAAAUCCACGACCACGAGU